AUGGAACCUGACCAGCUCGAACAUCACACUGAACCAAAGGGACAUGAACAAAAUAAUAAUAUCAAUGAGAACCGUUAUAACCAUCUUAGGGAUGAUAGCAGAAUAGGAAACGAAAACGUAAAUAGCACUCAGUUACGAAAUAAUUCCUCGUUCAUAUCUUUAAAAAAUUAUAAACUUGGAAGAAGACCAUCACGUUAUUCAUACCUACAUAAGGACAAGACACAUACAGAUAAAAAAGAUAAUACAGAUACUAUACAUAAUACAGGUAAUACAAAAAAUAAUGAUAAAAAAUAUACACAGAAAAAGGUUAAUACUAUUCCAAAUACAUCCAUAAAAAAAACACAACGUGACGUCCAUGUAGAAGUGACGCAAGGGAUUAAUCUGGACUAUGUUUGUGUCCUGAAUGACGAUUCCAGAAUAAUUUUAUUACUAUUUCCAUAUAAUCCUGAAAUUUAUGCUUUUAGAGAAAUGAAAUUUUACUCAGAACAUCACUACGAACUGGCCCAAGCUAUCAAAUGGGUAUUUAAUGUAGAAAUAAAACGCAUUGAGGGUAUUAUAUCUAAGAGUAUGCAUACAUGCUUAGAUCAAACAAGAGAAUUGAAUACUUUAAUAUAUCACUUAGAAAAUCCAGAAAAACAUGGAAUUCAAGAAAGUGACUACGAUGGUAAGAAAAAAGAGUACAAAACCAAACUUGAUAAAUUACAACAAUGCAUGAAAAUAAAUUAUAACAAUAAUAAAACGGAUAUUCAAAAAACUAAGGGAAAAACCUACGAUACUAUAUGGGAUAUAUCGUGCCCUCUGUUUAACUACUGUAAAACAUAUAUAUAUCAUAAUGUUGUUGUAGUACGUAAAAGAAAUGUUACAGAAUAUAACAUCGCACAUAAUACUUCUUUUAUAAAUAACGUUAUGCAAAUACACAAGUCUGCUCAUGAUAUAUUAGGAAAAGUAAAAGAACAGUUAAAAAAACCUCUUGUCUUUCAAACAACAGAAUUUAUACUAGAGGAAAUUAAGCAUAUUGCGGAUACUAUGAACCUUCACUUAGAAGCAGUUAAUAAAUCAGCUGAAACUAUAGAUACACUUUCUAAACAACCUUGGAGCACAUAUUUCCAUAGAUAUGUUCUUCAAGAUAAAUUCUUCUUUUUAGCCUACAAUUACUCCACUUUCAAAAUUAGUACGGAAUCUUUAAAAAAAUUGGAAAAUGUGUCGAACAGCAAAUUAGAAAAACUUUAUCACACUUUUACAAUAUUGGAGGACGGUCUCAACUAUAAUAUAAAUACUUAUAUGUCCACUACAUAUUCGAUGUCCAUGAUACAUUCUAUUCUCUCUGAUUCUGAAGAAAUUGUACAAUCUGUAGAAAAAUUACGCAAUUCUAGUUACGACCAGAUAAAAGAGCAUAUACCUUAUUCGAAUGUUCAAAUAAAAAAGACUAAGGAAAUUUUAGAUCAAAAAAUUCUUACAUUAGAACAAUAUCCAAAAGAUUCGAGGGAGUUAAUUAAAAAAGUAAAUGAAACAUAUACAUUAAAAUUAAAAGCAAGUGUAGAAAUAGAAAAGUAUAGAGAAAAAACUGAGGGGAAAAUGAGUUCUCUAGAAAAAAGUAAGAUACUCCUAGAGGUUUUAAACAAAAUACAAUCCAAAACAAAUGAGAUAACCAAAAUUAAUCAAGACGUAGAACAAUAUUCAAAACAGAUGAGUAGUAUUAAAAGCAAAUUUCAACAAUCAGAAAAAAUUAUUAAUGAGGAUGUGCACAAAAUUAAAGAAUUAAUUGAAAAUGAAAAACAACAUCGUUUCAUGAAAGAGGAAAUAAAAAAACAUUUGGAAUAUUUUCCUGUUGCGUUGGAUAACAUAAAAAAAAUUAUUUCCGAGAGGGACAAAAUAAAAAAUUAUAUUCUAAGUAUUGAUAAUUUGAUGAAAGAUGGUCCCUAUGAUUCGAACGAAUUUAUCACUAAAAAAACGGAAUUGCAAAACAAAGCAAAAUCAAUCAUGGAUUCAUUUUAUAACGAAAAUUCAUUACAAACUUUUGUAGACAAUUUAGCACAAUUUUACACAAAGAAUCAAACCGUAAACAAGGAAGAAAAUACUAAAGAAGAAGAAGCGACUAAAAUAUUGUACGAAAAAACAAAAGAACAAUAUGAUCGACUUGUAAAUAUGAACUGUGAUGGUAUACCCAAAAUGUUAAAUGAUUUGAGUGAAGUGUUAAAUAGUCUCUCACGAUUAAAAAACGAUAUUAUCACGGCAUAUAUUCAAUAUAUGAUCGAAAAUGUGUCAAGUUCGUUCAACAAACUAAAUGAAGAAAAUAACCGAAUAAAAAAUACUUUGAACAAUUACGAGGAAUGUGCGGACAAACUUAAAACCUACACAAAUAAAAUAAAUAACAUAAAAGACAAAUUCCGCACUAUAUUAAUCAAAAAAGUGGAUGAAGACGUUCCAGAAGAAAAAACUAUCUAUGAAGAAUAUACAACGUAUAAGGACCAUGUUGCUAAUAAGGGAAGCACAAUAGCGCACCAUAUUGACGCAUUCAAGGAAAAUAUAACAAAAGCUAAUGAACAAAUGGAAGCCUACAAAAAAGUAAUACAAAUAACAGAAAUACAGAACAGUGAGAUAUAUCAAAAAACUAAAAUUUUGUUAGACGUUUUUAAAACUAAAAACGAAAACUCAGAAUUGGAAAAACUUCAAAAGCAAUUAAGACAUCACAAAGAAUCUGUUAGUAAUACUAUAAACCAAAUAGAAAACACGAAAAAGGUUAUAGACACGCUAAAGUUAUUACAUACUCUUAUGAAAAACUCUAAUGAAAACACACAAUCGAUUCUAAAAAUAAAAGAGAACAAGAAUCAUUUAAUAAACAAAAUAGAUAACCAUAUUCAAGAAUUAAAUAGUUACCAUAUAAUAGAAGAAAAUGACAGAUCAUCCCUUUUAAACAUGUUAAAAGAAGAAAAAAAUAAUGUAGAAAAGGAAAUACCUGACGCGCCCAUAUCUACAUUAGAAGCACAUGAAAAUGAAUUGAAGGGUUACUAUGAAAAGGAAAAAAACAAUAUGGAAAAACAGAUAGUAACCAAUGCGGAUGAUCUGGAAAAAUAUCAAACUCAGUGCAAAAACACACAACAAGAAAUACACAAAUUCAACGUUAUUUAUCAAGUACUAGAAAAUAAAAUAGAAAAGUUGAUAAAAGAUCAACAUAGCCAAAUUAUAACAUUGGGUAAUAAACUCAUAUCAACGACGAACACGGACAUAAAUGAAAAAAUCGAGCGGAAUCUAAAUUUUCUGAAGGGUAUAAAAAUAAAAAUGAACGCUUUUAAUUUUGACGAAGACGUUAAAAAGGACAUAGACCAUAUGGUUCAAAGCAGGAUAAGCGCUUUUAAAGACAAAUGUGAAAAAGAUAUAUUGCAACAUAUAAAUAAUAAUAUCGAAAAAAUAAAUAGUGUGAAACAAAACCAUGAUGCAUAUAUGAAAGCGUUCCACAAAGAAAAAGAUCACAACAUCGAAUUCAAAGACGAAAAAAGCAACAUGGAAAAUAUUUAUGGAGAAAUGAAAAAAAAAACACUCGACAUAUUAAACAAAAUAGAAAAUGAACAAAGCACUAUAUUAAACCAAGUAGAACAAAUCGAAAAGGAACACGCAAUAAUUUUAAUUCAUCACGCUGUUUACAUGAUCGAUAAGGAAAACACAAAAGCUAAAUCUGUAAUGGAGGAUAUCGAAUCCUCCAAAACAAGAAUAGAUGAAAUCAAAGGUAACACUGAAGAAUUCAAACAGAACCAUAUGAAUAAUUUUGAAUAUGAAGAAUAUUACCAGAAGGCUAUACAAAGCAAUAAGGAAAUAAAUGUAUUUUCUACAAAUGCCACAAACGAUAAGAACAACGCAGACAAAAUUGAAGAUAUAAACAAAAUAAAAGUUAUCAAAAACAAAAUUAAUGAUUAUCUGUCAAAAGUAAAGGUACAAUAUAAUUGUAUGGAAGAAAUAAGAAAACAAAUGAAUAGUAUGAAAGAUUUACUAGCUUCGGAUAGUUCUAAUACGAUAGCUAAAAAUAUAUUAAAUAACACACAAGAUGCAUUAAAAUUCAAUCAGGAAGCGAAAAACGAACUUAACAAAUCAAAUAAAUUAUUAGAAGAAGUAGCCGCUCAGAUAACUGAGGCAGAGCAACAUAAAAGCAAAAUUGACAUAACCUUGGAAGAUGAACAAAUAAUUGACCAAAUAAACAAGAUUGAACUAAUUAAUCAUGAAAUUUUGAAUAAAAAGAAAAGAGAAAUGGAGUCCUAUUUACGCAAGAUAAAAGAAUAUAAAGACAAAUGCACAACUCAAGUCAGCAAUUCAAAUAGAGGAAAAGAUAAAAUUGAAUUCUUGAAAACGGCUAAGAACAACAUAAAUAGUAGUUUGAAUAACGUUCACAUGAGUAACAUAAACGAAAAUAUAAAAAAAUCUGAACAAUAUUUAAAGGAUAUAGAAGUUUUUGAGACAAAAGCUACUAACAAUGUAAAUUUAUUCAUGCAACAUGAACAAACCAUCAAGCACACUUUGCAGCAAUCUCAGAUUCUAGGAAUAGAAACUAAAUCGAAAAAGAAAAUUAACAAAGCAACAGAAAUAAUGGAAGAAAUUAAAACAGAGUAUUCUAAAAUUCAAAAAAAAGUGAAUGAUUUACAAGAAACAUUGAACAUAUUAAAAGAACCCCAGAAUAUCGAGGACACAGAAGAUGAGCUCGAAAAUCAAACGUCUACCAAUGCAAAAGUAAUUAUACAGAGCAAUCUAGAACGAGUCAAACAUAUGUUAUCACAACUUACGCAUAUUAAGCAGGAAGAAGAUAACAUAUUUAAGAGAGCCACAGACACGAUGAAUUCUCUAAAAAAAACCUCUUAUAAUAAGGAUGCCAAAACAUUAGACACGGUAAAAAAAGACGAACCUAAAUAUAUAGAGUACUUAUCCCAAAUAACUGCAUAUGAAAAUCAAAUCGUCACAGAAAUGAAUAAGCUAAACGGAAUCAGUUCGAAUGUUGUAAGUAUACAAAAGGAAUUGAAUGAAUCCAGAAAAAAUUAUGAAAUUGGUCUAUUGCAAAAGAUAGAUGAAAUAGGUAAAAGUAGGAAGCCAAAUAUGGAUUUAAAAAAAAAAGAGUCCAUAAAUUCAACGAUGAAUUCCUUUUCUUCCUUGUUUAAUGGCCUAGAUUUAAAUCAAUAUGACUUUAAGAAAAAUACACAUGAUUACCAACAAAAGAUGAAAAAAAUACAUAACAAAUUUGACGAAGCGCUAAAUAAAAUUGAUGAAAAUUUAAAAAAGGCGUCAGAGGAGAGCGCAAAUUAUACUUUAGCCAAUCAACUCAGACGAGAAGCUCAACAGGAAAAAGCCAAAUUAAAAAAUAGCGAAGAAGAAGCUAUCAAGUACAUACAAGAAAUUGAAAAAAUGGAAUGCAUGAGAUUUAUAAAUCACAUGAAACGAAAUUUAGACAAAAUAAGUACAUCCAUCAAUAAAGAAAAAUUAAAAAUUAAUGAAGGACAUGAAUACAUCCAGCAGUUACUGCAAGUUAUUAAAAAAGCAGAUGAUAUAUCCGAUAUAUCCGAAAAAGUACAACAGGCGGAAGAAAAAUAUGCAGAAUUGCAGACGACAAUACACUCUACGCAUAAAAACAUGGCAAAAGACAUGUUCAAACCUAUAGUUACCUGCGCAAAGUUUAUUAAUAUUAAAAUAAUUCCAGAAUUGCCUCUAACCGGUACAUACGUAAACGCAGCAGUACAAUUAAAAUUUCAACCGGAUGCUAAAGUAACCUUAAGAACAGGAAACAACUCGCAAACCGCAACCGAAUUAGAUCUCCAGAAAAAUAUACAAAACGCUUACCAUGUGGCUUUGGAAAUACACAAAUGUGCAAACGAAAUAGAUGCACAACAAAUGCAAAACAAACAAUUAAUGGUCACAGUAAACGAAUUACAUCAUAAAAUGAAGUUCAUAGAUGAAUUAAAAAAUAAAGUUCAAAUUGCGAAGAGUAAUGAAAAUGCUGUAUCGGGUAAAAUAAUCGGCAUUUCUAACAAGAUUGCUGAAUUAGACUAUCUUUCAUGCAGUGAAAGAAGUUAUGAUAAACUUUUAGACGAAACAGAGCAAACAAAAUUAAAAAAUAUACGUGAUUCAUUUAAUCAACAAAAGAACGUAGACGAAAAUAUGGACUUCAAUUUAAAAGAUAUAGAAAAAGAUUUUUUCACUUCACAAACAUCCUUAACAACUGUUGAACAGGCAGUGGAAGCUUUAGAGGCAAAUGAAACCACUACUGAUAACCUGGAAAAAAAAAAUGAUCAGAUCGAAGCAGUACAUAACAAUAUAGGAAAUAUAGAAAAAAAUAUUGCACGUCUAAAUACAUAUUUAGACAAAUUAAUACACAGGGGAAGAAAAUGCGAAAUAGCUAGGUACACAUCCUUGAGUAAUAAUGUUAAAAGCAAAAUAAAUGCAGACGAAGAAAUAAUCGAUAAUAUGCAGGAGCAAAUUAGUCAAUAUUUGACAUUUGUGCAAGAUAAUUAUAAUGCCACCGUGGAGGACGUCCUUACAUUAAAUGAAUAUUUUAACAAAAAAUUGGUACCUGAUCACCUUGCGACUAAUUUUGAACAAUCAAAUAAUAAAUCGGAAGAAUUAUCUACAGUGGUAGAACAAUUAAGGGCCAUAAUAAAUAAUAUAAAAAAUGCCCUCAUAGAAGUUAACGACGAAGAACCUAUAUUUACUUCGUUAGAAAACAGUGCACAAGAAAUAGAAAAGCUGUACAAUACAUUAUAUGAUAAAAAAAACACACUGAAUGAAAUUUACAAAACAUCCGUUCUCGUGAAAUCGCAAGAAAUGAAAUCAACUGUUGAUAAAUAUAUCAAUAUAGCUGAAAUAUUCAACAACGUUUUAGACAACCAAAAAUUGAGAAUUAUAAAUAACAAUAGUAGUAUAAUCCAAGUUAAAAACAUGAUAAAUAUACAACUUAAGAAAUUAGAAGAUACGGACAGCACAUUUACAUUAGAAUCUAUAAAUACGUUUCAUAAAUUAAGCGAUGAAAUUCAAACGAGUAUAGAUAAAUUCAAAAAACUAGAUCAAACUAAUCGCCAAGAACAUAAAAAUGUGGGAAUGCAUAAAGAACGAAUUGCACAUUUCAUAAACAGAAGGGAUAGCCUGAAAAAUGCAGUAAAAGAACACGAACAAAAUACAAAUUUAAAAAAAUUAAGAGAGGAUAUACGAAAUCACGUAAUUAAUAACAUAAAAAAUACUAAUGGAAAACUUAUCAACUCAGAUGAUCUUUACAUUAAAUUAAUGAAAAAAGUUGAUGAAAAUUAUGAAUUGUGUAAUAAUAAAUACACACAAAAUUACGUUUCUCAAGUACUACAAAAAAUCGAGGAUCUGAAAAAACGCUUCAACGAAAAUUUACCAGAAAAGGAAAAAGUUUUACAAAUUAAGAGCAACUUUAGUGACAUUAAAUCCAUAUUUGAUCAAAUAAAAACGCUUUAUAACGUAAAAGUAUUCAUAACGGACAUGUAUAGAAAAAUUGAUGCUGAAAAGGAAAGUGUAAAGGAUCAGACAAAUAUGGAAAAAUUAGAAUUAACAAUACAAAAUGUUACAGAUAUGAAUGAUGAAGUGAAAACUUAUUUAUCCAAUUUUACUAAUGCCUUAGAAAGAAUAAAUAUCAUGAAAAAAGAAAUAGACGAUUUAUUCAGCUCCCUACCCUCAAAUAAUACAAAUCCGAACGAAAAUGCAAAAGAGUACGUAAACGGUUCAGUAGAAAUCAUUAAUGAACUAAAUAGAAAUAUUUCUAAAAUAAUCGAACUACAGCAUUAUGCUGAAGGCGUGAUAACAAAAUUAGAAGAGGUAUCUAAGUUAACACGCCCACCUGUUAAUGACUCAAAGGAUGAGACGCAAAUGUUAUCAUACGAAACUGAUAGCACAAAACACGACAAUUCACAGAGUGAUGAUCAUUCAGAGACAAAAAAUACAAAUGGACAAAUUCGUCUGGCAGGAGCCAUUAUUAUUGGUUUGUCUCUCAUUUCCGGAGUUGUCCUAUUAAACGGUAAGCAUAAUCCUAAUGAAGAAGACGAACACCAUGAACACGACCAUCAUGAAGCAUUUGAGGAUAACAACGACUAUAAUAUGUACCAUAAGGAUGAAGUCAUUGAAGUUUGUUUCAAUGACAGCGAUUAG